CUGGAGCUCCUGAACAGAGCUGAGUGACGGAGGGCCAACAGAGGUUGAGGCAACAGAGAGGGUCAAACGUAGAGGCUUGUACUGGGUUGUUGCUUGCUCAAAGGGAGCUGCAGGUGUGUAUAUCAGUGGAGAGCAGCCCGGACAGACAGACUGCGGUUUCUGGAGCAGGCCCUGACAGACACACAGCGGUUUCUGGAGCAGGCCCGGACAGACAGACAGCGGUUUCUGGAGCAGGCCCGGACAGACAGACAGCGGUUUCUGGAGCAGGCCCGGACAGACAGACAGCGGUUUCUGGAGCAGGCCCGGACAGACAGACUGCGGUUUCUGGAGCAGGCCCGGACAGACAGACAGCGGUUUCUGGAGCAGGCCCGGACAGACACACUGCGGUUUCUGGAGCAGGCCCGGACAGACACACAGCGGUUUCUGGAGCAGGCCCUGACCUCCCUACAGGUCAUACUGAGAGAGACGCUCUGAGGGACCAACAGGAGGCACAGCGACUGCAGGACUUCUCCUACAGGGUCACCCACCACAACAUGCAGGGGAAGAGUGAACACGAACACCAAGACAAUAACAUGGAAACCACUGCCGUUAAAGAGACAAGGAGAGUAUCCAGCCCUAGCAGCCCUGGCGUGACUGCAGAGCAAGGCAGAAGUUCAGUGAACAGGAACGGCCACACCAUAGCGACGUUGUCUAACUUCAAGUCCCCAACUGAGGUUCCUUCUCUACGGGGUCCGAGGAAGACCCAGAGCAGCUCAUUGGAGGAGGAAGAGAAGGCCUGGAGGACCAAUAAGAGAACGGCGCUGUCCAGAGGAUCUAACUUGACCCGCUCUGGGAGUGUCAAGGACCUGAUCCACAAGUUCUCAGGCUCAGAGCCCUCGUCAGUCAAUGAAAACGGCUCACCAGGUCUGUCAAUGGGCGGAUCCCUGCCUGGAAGACUCUAACCGGCCAAUCAGGAUGUCCACAGCCAGAACUGAGGAGGUACUGGCCUAUCAGAACUCCCAGUCCAACACAAACACACCCACUCCCAGUAUUACCACAGUACAGACCCAGAGCCCAGUCAGGAUGUCCACAGCACGGACUGGCACCACAGAGACUAAGACAGUGGUCAAGUCCACCUCCCAGUCCAACCCAGACAUUCCCAGCAGCACCACCGUAGAGAGCCAGAACCCGGUACCUUCUAUCAAAGUGACCCCUCCACACAGAGAGUCUCAGCCCGGCCUUAACGGGGCGAAGAAAGGCUCGCCACAGCCCAGCAGUCCUUCAGACAGUCAUUCACAGAAGAGCCAGGGCCAGAACCAGGGUGGCUCUCACAGAGAGUCUAUGGCCGGUUCUGGAAUGGGUUCGGAAUCAGACUUUGAUCCCAACAAGAGGCCUGAAAGUCCCUCAUCUGAAGAUGAGCCAUCCAAUCCCGUCAAAGUCCGCCAGAACCCCAAAUACCAGCUGUUCCUGGGUGGAGACAUGAUGGGGAACGGUUCCAGGGAUACAAAUGGAACGUCUGGGGGAGAGAACGGGAAUGGGAGAGAACCCAGGAACAGUUCCCGUUGGGACAGCACUAGCUCCAGAUUCGUGCCAAACUACCGCGGGUCCCUGGAGUCUCUGGCCUCACGGGACUGGGACACCAUGUCAGACAGGCGGCUUCCACUGGAGUACAACCCUGGCAUGUACCGGAUGUCAGAGUAUAAAAUGCAGGAGGUGAUGUCUCCAGCCACGUCAGAGCUGAACCUGUUUAACAGCUACAACAGCAGGAGUACCAGCCCCGUGCCCUACUUCACCCCGGCUGUGACUGCCCCACGUACACGCUUCUCAACCUACGACACCAUCAGGAGGAGGGACCAGCAGGUGAUGCCAAGCCAUCUCCCCAUGCGGCCCACUGUGUCGUCUGUCGCUAUGCCCAACAAGAGAGACUACAUCGAGGAGCUGACCAGGCAGAUGGAUGCCUGUCAGAAGAGGAACCAGUUCCUGGAGGCAGAGAGUGUAGAGAUGGACAAGGAGAGGAACCAGAUCAGGCUGGAGAUGAGAAGCCUGUUGGUGAACAACGAGGACCUUCUCAGAACCAACAGUACCCUGCAGAUUGAGAUGAAGAGGAUGAGGGAGAGGAUGAUAGAGCUGGAGAGAGACAACAUGGCCAUGACGGAACGCUUCAGAGUAAUGGAGACGGAGAUGACCGAGGCCAGAGACCUGAUGGUGGAGGCUAACACUCAGGAAUAUGCCUUCAACUUCCUGCAGCAGUCUCUGAAGAAUAAGAUACAGGAUGCCGAGGAGGCACUAGAGAAGCAGUCGCUCCAUGCCCAGGGCCUGUCGGAGAAGCUGUGGCUGUCUGAGAGACAGUUGGAGGAGCUAGAGGUGGACAAGGAGACACGGGACAAGAGGACAUCAGAGCUCAGCGACACCGUCUUCAGACUGGAGAUUGAGCUAGGAGAGGCCCUACAGAAAGCCACCCAGGCCUCAGCAGAGCUCAGUCUGCACCAGAAGCUACGAGAUGACGCCCUGCUGAGGGUGGAGGAGCUGGAAGAGACUCUACUGGAGAGGGGUCAGGAACUGCAGACAGCCCAACAGACUGUCAGCCUCCUGCAGGGACAGGUGUCAGGUAAGCUGAUAGAUAAGGAGCGGUCCCUGGAGGAGGAGAUCCAGCUGAGGAGAGAGUCCAGCUGCAGUGGAAGCAGGCAGAGAGGAGCGUAG